GUUUAAAUGCCAAAGUAAAGUGACAGCUUCAUUGGACUCAGAUAUCCGAUAUGGGGAGUCUCUCGACACAAACACCCACCGUGAAUGAACAGAACGCGGCGCUGCGCGCGGAUCGGAAGCUUUCGGUGGAGGUGCGAACUGCUAAAAAAGACGUUCACCACAGGGUAUUUGUGAAUCGUAGUUUGACACUCGAAAACAUCAAGUGCUAUGGCUUUGACAUGGAUUACACUUUGGCAGUGUACAAAUCUCCAGAGUAUGAGAGUAUGGGCUUUGAGCUGCUCCGGGACAGACUUGUUUCAAUUGGCUACCCACAUGAGCUACUGGGAUAUGCAUACGACCCCACCUUCCCAACACGCGGCCUGGUGUACGACACCACGUAUGGCAACCUGCUGAAAAUAGACUCCAAUGGGAACAUCCUGGUGUGCACUCAUGGCUUUGAGGACCUCAGAGGUGAUCAGAUAGAUGGGUUUUAUCCAAACAAGUUCAUUCAGAGGGAUGAUACUGAACGCUUCUACAUCCUCAAUACACUCUUCAACCUAACAGAGACAUAUCUUUAUGCAUGCCUCGUUGACUUCUUCACCAAAAGCACCAGAUACAAAAACCAUCAGAAAGGGUUCAAACACGGUGACUUGUUUAUGUCAUACAGGAGCAUGUUUCAGGAUGUGCGGGACGCCAUGGAUUACCUUCAUGAUACUGGCACUUUGAAAGAGAGAACGUUGAAGAACCUGGACAAGUAUGUGAUUAAAGAUCCCAGACUCCCUGUGUUACUGAGCCGCAUCAAAGAAGUCGCCAAAGUUUUCCUGGCCACCAACAGCGACUUCAAUUACACAGAGGGUAUAAUGAAAUACUUAUUAGAUUCCCCACCUGGUUCAAAGAACCCCAAAAAAUCGUGGUGUUCUUACUUUGAUCUGGUGGUGGUGGACACAAAGAAGCCCUUGUUCUUUGCAGGGGGGACAGUGUUGCGGCAGGUAGACACGGACACUGGCAAGCUGCGUAUUGGAACAUACACGGGAUUCCUGCAGCACGGGACAGUGUAUUCUGGAGGGUCUUCUGACAUUGUGUGUGAUUUGCUGGAUGUUAGGGGGAAAGACAUCCUCUAUGUUGGGGAUCAUAUCUUUGGAGACAUUCUCAAGUCAAAGAAGCGGCAGGGCUGGAAGACGUUUUUGGUGGUUCCUGAGCUUGCUAAGGAGCUGCAUGUGUGGGCAGACAAAACUGGUAUGUUUGAGGAGUUGAGACAUCUUGACAUCUUCCUUGCAGAAUUGUAUCAGCAUUUGGACAGUGAAAGUCGAGAGUGCCCAGAUAUCAGUGCCAUUCAGAGCAGGAUUAAGAUGGUGACAUAUGGCAUGGACUUGUGCUAUGGGAAAAUGGGCAGCCUUUUACGCUGUGGUUCCACAAAAACUCUCUUCGCCAGUCAGCUAUUGCGCUAUGCAGAUAUUUACGCAACCUCCUGCCUCAACCUCUUAAACUACCCCUUCAGCUAUCUCUUCAGAGCCCCACUCGUUCUGAUGCCUCAUGAGGCCGCUGUUGAACCUCAAACACGGGAACAGACCCCAUCAGAGCUCUCGAACUUUCACACACUCCAAACCACAGACCCCAAGCGUUAAUGCAAGUGUGACGAUGGAAACUGUGGACAAGAUGAGAAAUGUGCCUGAAAUAAUCCUGUUGCCCAGAGAGAAAUGGGUGAAGUUUUUGAAUGUGUUUAACUUUUACAAUAUGCAUCACUUGUGUAGUCAAGUUUGAUUUGCAGUGUGUGAUGUCACAUUAUUAAGAAUUACAGCUAUUUUUCAAAUGUUUUUAUUUGUAUAGCAAGUAUAAAACCUACAUUUAGCCAUUUUAUAAGAAGUUUAUAUUGAAUAUAUGAUAGACACAUCUGAUAUUUUGAUAUGAUGGUAUUUAGCAUUUUGUCUGUCGCUCAUGAAAGGAGGAAAACUGAGGAAUUAGGUCACUGUUGAUAAACAGUGACUGCAUCCUAUACAAUAACACAGGGAUGUACAGUUAUGAUAAAAGGUUGAUUUUGAAACUGUUCAUAUAUAUUCUGCCUCUGAGAAUGAUUUGAAAUGUAGCUUUACAUUUUCUGUAUGCAUUCUUUAUUUUUCAUUAAUUGAGAUUAAAGUGCUUUAUUUUAAACUAA